AUCAUCAUCAUCAUCAUGUGUGCAUAUGAUUUGCAACCAAAUGUAACAUAUCAGUAUAGCUGAGCUUUGUCUUUACUUGUAUAUAUCCAGCAGAUCAUCAGACAGAAGAGGACUUCCGUCUGCUUUUUGAGUGCAGUCCAGAGAAGCGAGAUAAGAAAGGUGGACCUUCAAGCUCAAGGGGGCAUCUCAAUCAUACCAAAGACAGUGAAGGUAGUGAUUCAAAACUGAAGAAACAAUCAAGGGACUAUGGAGAAAGGGAAGGAGGAGUGGAUGGGGAGGGUCACAUAUCUGAUGCGUUGCCAUGGGAACAAGGGAAUGGAACCAAAGAAAGUUCCUACAGCUGCACCUUCGCUGAUAGUGAUGGAGUUCUCUCUGAUUCUGAUGAAUCCCAUUCUGGUGCGGAGGGAGAUAAUCAUAGCAAUGACAUCCUUUCCUUCAAAGAUGGACGAACAAAGAGUGUGAAGAAGAUCAAAUGUAAAGCAGGUCACAAAAGUAAUCGUCUGAAGAUUGAGGAUGAUGAUGAGAGGACAAGAGAGGAUCAGUCAUCUGGAAGUGAUGAUGAUGAUGAAGGUUUAGUGGAAGGAGAGAAGGAAGGAAGGCAAGAAGAAGAAUACCAGGAGGAGUCUCAGCCCGUUAACCCUUCCCAAUCCUCUACCAAUGAUGGCAGUAUGGCGCUCUUUUCAGAUGACUCCCAUCCAGGGGACAGCCAGAGAAGUGGAGGAUCACUCUCUUCAACAAACUGGUUGCAGUAUCUACCUACCAUGCAGCAGACUCCAACCAAGACUCCUCCAACUCAGGAGAAAGAGGAUGAUGACAGACUGGAGGUAAGAGGAGACGUUGCACAUAAGGAUACUGGGCGUGGUCAUCAUGAUAACAACCCCUCAUCUCCCAUUCUCAUCAGUGAUGAUGAUGAUGUGAUCGAGUCAGACUCUGACGCAACCCACAUCUGCUCUCAGCGUUCUGUUCGAUCAGAAGGGUCAUCGGUCAAUGACAUCGAGGUCAUUUCGAUGACCCCAAGUAAACACAACCUUUCCCCUGGAUGCUCCUUGAAAACAAGAGGGUUUAACAAUGGUGGUGCCAAUUUGAAGCAGCUGGAGAAAUACAGAUCUGGUACUGAAAAUGCUCCUAACCAUAGCAGAACUGACACAAGCACUCGACCAAGUAGUGUUGCAAUAGAUAAACUUGCCAACGUAGAAAGUGGAGGGUCCAGGUAUGACAAUGUUAUUGAGGAUGCUUCUUCUCUGGAGUCUGUGAUCGAGAUAACUAGCUCUUCAUAAUAUCUUCUGUUGAGAUACAGUCAGAAGGGCAUUCAUUCUAUACAGUAGGCUUGCGGGUGCACCAUGUGAGAGAGGGAGGA